AUGGUUCGUAAACAAAAAUUAGAUGAGGUUGCUACUGGUUUUCUAUUGAGAAAGUUUGUUUUACACUGGCACUCCAAGUUGCAAGAUGUUCUGGAUAUUCUCUCUAUGGCCGAACAUAAAAUUUUAAAAAAAUAUUUUCUGCUUUGGAAACAGUAUAUUGCACAAAAAGUACAAAUGAAAAACGAUAUAGAAGCAGCAAUGAAAUUGCACAAGAUGUGUUUAUUACGGGAAGGGUUUAAAGAAAUUGUAAGAAAUUCUCUUUACAAUAUCGAUUACCGACGUGAUUUGCAAUUACAAAAUGCGACAAUGAAAUCAUUUCAAAAUUACGAAAUUUUGAAAGAGUACUUCGAUAAAUGGCACAUGUUAAUUUAUUUAAAAAAGAAAUCGAAAUCUAUUUGUGAAAUUACAAAUUUUAAUUUAUCUGAUGGUGUACCUUUUGCCUCAAAUUUCAACUCGCGUACUGCAAUGUCAUAAUCGUCAGUCUUUGCAUGUACAGUUGUUUCUUCGACAUUAUUGGCUGCUGAGACGAUUGGAAGAAGAUCUCUCCAUUCAGAAUCAAAAUAAUUUACCUUUAAUGUUAGGUCGUAUCAAUUAUCCAGUUUCUAAUGACAAUUUUCAACAAGUUAGAAAUAUAAAGAAACAUUGGAACCAAAAAUAUCGUAAAGCAAGGGCACAGAAAGUUAUUAAAGUAAAAUUACCUAAAGUUGAUGAAGAUGAAAGUCCUAUUGAUGCAUUUAGAACAAAGCUGAAAGAAGCUGGACUUCUACCACAAAGAGAGUGGACUGAAAGACCUAUUUUUAUUAGUUGUACAUCAUCAAUAUUUGAGCGCUACAUUGUUCCAGAAGGUGAUGGAAAAUUUUCUCCUCUUACUACUACGGGUAUAAAACAAAAGUUUGAGGUUUUAGAAAAAAAGAGCAAGUCUUUUAUGGCUCUUAGGAAAAUCAAAAUGUUUGAAGACAACUAUACAUCUGAAAAAUUUAGAGAUCAUCUAUCAGAUAUUUAUAAAAAAGCACAUGAAGCUUUAUGUCGCUACUGAUACAUAAUGUAGAAAAUAAAACACUUGUUUGGAAAUUCAUGGAAUCUCUAGAACCACCGCGCAUUGUACAUGCAAGAGUAACAAAUAUCAUAACAAAGCACAAUGAAUAUGCACAAGUUACUAUUCGUUUUCAUACUCAACAGCUUUUAUGCAUAUAUGAUCGAUUUGGACGAGUGUUAUUAGGUAGUGAGACAGUGAAAAAAGAUGUUUUAGAUUAUAUAGUAUUUGAAAAACAUUUAGCUAAUGAAUAUGGUACUUGGCGAAUACAUGGAAAAAUCAUACCAGAUUGGAUGAAACCGGAGGAAAUACCGACAUUUACUUACAUUUUGCCAAAGAAACAAGAAGAAAAACUCUCAUCAUCUGAUAGCGCUGUUCAAUCUGAAGUUGCUGAAGUAGUACCGCCAGAAACUUUGGAUAAGCAGCAUACAACAUAA